UUGAUGAAACAAAGGGAAGAGGUGCGUUUGAUUCGGAUCCUUUUGACGAAACAAAGGGAAGAGGUGCGUUUGAUUCGGAUCCUUUUGACGAAACAAAGGGAAGUGGUGCGUUUGAUUCAGAGUUCUUGGGUAAAACAAAGUGUGGAAACGAGGAGGGUGGAUUUGAAUUUGAUCCAUUUGUUGAGAAGUCAGGGGGAGGUCGGGUUAAGGUCACUGGGAAGGGGAGUGGGUGGGAUUCAGACCCUUUUGCCAACAGUUUCCCAGCUGCUUCUUCGGGGACUGAGGGUCCCACCUCCAAAACCACAUCCUGGCAGAAAAUUAGUGACAUCAGAGGCUUCGAUUCUUCUGUCGCUCGACCAAACUCAGCGUCCGUCUGUGGAGCAGCAACUGAAGGAAUUAAAGGUGUAAACUUUGCCAGAAAUCACAAAGAACCAGAACAUUCAGACAUGUCCGAAGACGAGGCUGCAAACCGGAGAUUUGGAAAGUUGUAUCAAGAGCUAGAUACAGAAAAGGAAGAGGAUUUGUCAAACCCGUCAUUCUUUGCUGAUUUUGAUAAGAUGAACAACGAUCACGCUCCUGAAGCCUCAGACGUUCAAGCUGCUUCAGCAUUAGAACCAGCUGAGGAACUGGACGAACCUGCAGCGCCUCCUGCUGGAGACGUGGAGGCACUUUCAACUCCCCCUGCUGGUGAGGAAGAUACAGCAGAUCGUUCUGGAAGUCCAGAGGAGGAGAAGCCUGCAUCGACUGUUGCUUCUCCGAGCUCUGACAAGAUCAAAGUACAUGAGAUUCCUGAAGCUGAAGAAGCCACGACACCUCCAGGUGAAGCAGCUUCAUCGGAAAAUAUGCCCAUCCCCUCAGUGGUGAUUGAACCUGCCUCCAGUAAUGAAGGUGAUGACGACCGCGACGCUGACAUCAUCUCUCCCACUGUCAUCAGUGACAACGAUGAUCAAAAUCAAUCCAUCAAACACAUGAGUCCAUCUGGUGCAACGUCGAAUCAUCCUGAAGAUUUUCUUUACAAGGUGGAGACGAUGCACGACUUUGAUGCUGCAAAUUCAGAUGAGCUUGAACUGAGGAGAGGUGAUGUGGUGUUGGUGCUUCCAACAGCCUCAGUAGAGGAUCAGGAUGCCGGCUGGCUCACAGGGAUCAAAGAAAGUGAAUGGUUAACACUCGGAGCUGCUGCUCAAAAAGGACUGUUCCCUGAAAACUUUACCCAGCGUUUGGAGUAAGACGAUUUUAUAGCAGGUCGAGAAAAUGAGAAGAAAUUUGAUAUGCUUGUGUCCAAGCAGUUCAGCAUGUGGCCAACCCCUCUCCUGAGAAACUAAUAUUGUCCUGCAGCUGUGUGCUGGAUCACAUAAGGCUUUCUCUGAUAGAUGCAACUCUUUGUCAUUCUGAAAGUAAAACUCGUUGUAAUAAAUACUAGUUCUAUUCUCUCAGCAGAAGUGUAAAUUAAAAAGCAUGGUGUGAUAGUAUUGUCUGCUUUUGCUGGAACUCACAUUUUAUUUAAAGAAAUAUAAUGAGUCUGAUAUUUUACCAACAAAAGCAAAAAAAUGUGUCUGAAGAAAAGCAACAAAAAGAAAAAGUGCACCUUCUUUACAUAAGUUUGUUGUACUGAUUUGAUUCUCUGCUGUGGAAUAUAUCAGAAAGUUUAGUGACAUAAUCUAUUUAAAUGUCUUAAGUGUAAAGUGAAACUAUUGAGUUGUUAUUUUCUGUCAUUGCUGUUACCUUGAAGUCACUGUGCAUGUAUUUCUGUUCAAGUCUGUGAUCUUUCUUUUGCAUAUGUGGCAAUUGAUUUACUUAUGUACGAUCAUUGCUGUGUUUUUUUUCUACUUAGAAAUAUAUUAUUGAUUAUGGACCAACAAACAUUGCACAUCCAGCAUGAUAUUAAUAUUUUAUUAAAUUAUUUAAAGAUAUAAUAACGAUAAAGAAUCUCACCACUAUUAUGAUACUGUAUGUCUGAAUAAGGCAAAUCUUGAAAAUCAUGUUUAUAAAAAUAUUAAGAAAAUCUUAUCUAUUUAUAGGUGUAAGAUGAGAGGGAAGGUAUUAACAAAUCCAAUUGUUAUCAUUGGUUUCCAUAUUCAAACUGUUCUGUAGAUCAGCAAAUACAAUGUCAAGCUACUUAAGUUAAUCCUCCAUGUAGAGCUUUCUGUGAUGUACAUUCCCCAACAUUGAUGUCAUGAUGAAUAAAUGACAGUCAUUAAGGUA